AUGUUUUUCUCUGGCGUGCUAUGUGGCCAUGUUGGCAGACCUGAAGAACUUUUACUGAUAUUCAAGAUAUUCCUUGUCAUUCAUCUUCACGUUGUUUUGGCUACAUCUCUGGAAGACAAUGCUGAUAAUCCCAGUUUAUCACCAUCUGCUGACUCUCCUAUUGGUUUUGUCCCAUACUCCAAUGGUACUCCAGAGGUUGAAACUACAAGCCUAAAUGAUGCUACUUCAACUGUGCUAUCUACUUUAAACAAGACAGAAAAAACUAAAAUCACUAUAGUAAAAACCUUCAAUGCAUCAGGAGUCAAACCCCAGAGAAAUAGCUGCAAUUUGUCAUCUAUUUGCAAUGACUCAGACUUUUACAGAGGUGAGAUAAUGUUUCAAUAUGAUGAAGAAAUCAAUGCUACUCAGAAUCCGAAUAUGGCUAAUGGAACCUUGACUGGAGUCCUGUCUCAAAGUGAAUUGAAACGAACAGAGCUCAACAAAACCCUGCAAACCCUAAGUGAGACUUAUUUUAUAGUGUGUGCUACAGCAGAAGCUCAAAGCACACUAAAUUGCACAUUCACAAUAAAACUGAAUAAGACGAGGAACAUAUGUGAUGUAGUGACGACUUUGAAAAAAGUAAAGAUUCACCCGAUGGAACAGUGCUGCUGUUCUGUCAGAAUACCCUGCCCUUCCUCCCCAGAAGAAUUAGAAAAACUGCAGUGUGACUUGCAGGAUCCAAUUCUGUGUCUUGCUGGUGGUUAUCCACAGGGCCCAGCAGUUUCUUCUGGCAAUUCUAUCCCAGCUGCUACUCAGGCCACAGUUUCCACUCAGGUUUCCAGUGCCCUCUCUUUAGCUACACCUCUAAAUUCUCCAGCUGUCAUCUCCCAGAGCCCAACAGAUGCGAUGCACCUUCCUUCUGUCCAGUCUUCAACUCCCAUAGCUUCUAGCCCUACCACUGACAUGCUCCCCCAAUCUGGAACUAUCUCUACCCUUAGUCCCCAAACUGAUCUUUCCUACACCCUGUCACCUGGGAAAUCCUCAUUUCCCACUCCCACCACAUCUGCCCUGGUGAAAGUCAUCAUGACCAGUGCGUCUCCUGACAAGACAGAAACUGUUCACACCAGUGGCAUCACUGCUCUUGACCUUGAGGGCCAAGUGGCUCAGAUGGAGAAAAUUCUGUCCUUGGGCAGCUUGGAGCCUAACCUUGCAGGAGAAAUGAUAAAUCAAGUCAGCAAACUCCUCCAUUCCCCACCCGCCUUGCUGGCCCCUCUGGCCCAAAGAUUGCUAAAAGUAGUGGAUGACAUUGGUUUACAGCUGAAUUUUUCAACCAAGACCAUAAGUCUAACCUCCCCUUCUUUGGCUCUGGCGGUGAUCAGAGUGAAUUCCAGUAAUUUCAACAUGACUACCUUUGCUGCUCAAGACCCUACUAAUCUUCAGGUUUCUCUGGAAACGGAGGCUCCUGAGAAUAGUAUUGGUAUUAUUUCUCUGCCCUCAUCGCUGAUGAGUAAUUUACCAGCUAAUGAUGUAGAGCUAGCUUCCAGGGUUCAGUUCAACUUUUUUGAAACACCUGCCCUAUUUCAGGACCCUUCUCUGGAGAACCUCUCUCUGAUCAGCUAUGUCAUAUCAUCAAGUGUUGCAAAUCUGACUGUCAAGAACUUGACGAGAAACGUGACAGUUACAUUAAAGCACAUCGACCAAAGCCAGGAUUACUUAACAGUAAGAUGCGUGUUUUGGGACUUGGGCAGAAAUGGUGGCAGAGGAGGCUGGUCAUCCAAUGGCUGCUCCGUCAAAGACAGGAGGCUGAAUGAAACCAUCUGUAGCUGCAGCCACCUUACGAGCUUUGGCGUCCUACUGGACCUAUCCCGAACAUCCUUGCCAGCGGCUCAAAUGAUGGCUCUGACAUUUAUCACAUAUAUUGGUUGUGGGCUUUCAUCAAUUUUUCUGUCAGUUACUCUCAUAACCUACAUAGCCUUUGAAAAGAUCCGAAGGGAUUAUCCUUCCAAAAUUCUCAUCCAGCUUUGUGCAGCUCUGCUCCUGCUGAACCUGGUUUUUCUCUUGGACUCAUGGGUUGCUUUGUAUGACUGGCGAGGCCUCUGCAUCUCGGCAGCUGUAUUUUUGCAUUAUUUUCUUUUGGUCUCAUUUACAUGGAUGGGCCUAGAAGCAUUCCAUAUGUAUCUGGCCCUUGUCAAAGUGUUUAAUACUUACAUCCGAAAAUACAUCCUUAAAUUCUGCAUCGUCGGUUGGGGAGUACCAGCUGUGAUUGUGACCAUUGUCCUGACUAUAUCCCCAGAUAACUACGGGCUUGGAUCCUAUGGGAAAUUCCCUAGUGGCUCAUCAGAUGACUUUUGCUGGAUCAACAGCAAUGCUGUAUUCUAUAUUACAGUUGUGGGAUAUUUCUGUGUAAUAUUUCUGCUGAAUGUCAGCAUGUUCAUUGUGGUCCUGAUUCAACUCUGUCGAAUUAAAAAGAAGAAGCAACUGGGAGCCCAGCGAAAAACCAGUAUUCAAGAUCUGCGGAGCGUUGCGGGCCUUACAUUUUUAUUGGGAAUUACUUGGGGCUUUGCCUUCUUUGCCUGGGGACCAGUUAACAUCACCUUCAUGUACCUUUUUGCCAUUUUUAACACUUUACAAGGAUUCUUCAUCUUCAUCUUUUACUGUGUAGCAAAAGAGAAUGUCAGAAAGCAAUGGAGGCGGUAUCUUUGUUGUGGAAAGUUACGGCUGGCUGAAAAUUCUGACUGGAGUAAAACGGCUACUAAUGGUUUAAAAAAGCAGACUGUAAACCAAGGCGUGUCCAGCUCUUCAAAUUCCCUACAGUCAAAUAGUAACUCCACCCACUCGACCACUCUGCUAGUGAAUAAUGAUUGCUCAGGACUUGUGAGCGGGAAUGGGAAUGCUCCUACAGAGAAGAAUGGUGUUUCUUUCAGUGUUCAGAAUGGAGAUGUGUGCCUUCAUGAUUUCACUGGAAAACAGCACAUGUUUAAUGAGAAAGAAGAUUCCUGUAAUGGUAAAAGUCGCAUCGCUCUCAGAAGGACUUCAAAACGAGGAAGCUUACACUUUAUUGAGCAAAUGUGA